GAGAGAGAGAGAGAGAGAGAGAGAGAGAGAGAGACACACACACACAGAGUAAGAGAGAGACACACACAGAGUCAGAGAGACACACACACACACACACACAGAGUAAGAGUAAGAGAGAGAGACACACACACACAGACACACACACACAGUAAGAGAGAGAGACACAGAGACAGAAGAAGUGGGAAUCGAGCUGUGAUAAAAUAUCUACAAAUCUUUAUUUUGUUUGUUUUAGGGGCGUUUAAGAGACUGUCAGCGGAACGGAGACUGGAGGACAUCAGGAGUGAUGUAGCAUGAUUAGCGAUCCACAGGAAAUGGAUGAAUUCAUAGAGUUAUUAGAGCGUCGUCUUCAGAGACCCCUGCUGGCCAAGUCUAGAACGUUACCCAGCAUCCCUCAAUCUCCCAUUGUGGGCCGAGUGAAUCAGACCUCUCAGCUGGAUGGUGGAAGUGAGCCCUGCUCCCAAUUGUCAUCUAGCCCCACCCACUUCAGUGCCUGCACAUUGCCCCCUGCAGAUUAUGCAUGGCAGUUAGAAGAUGAUAAUGAAGGUGAAGAACACCAGGUGGGAUCAGAUGUGACGCCCCGUCCACAUUCACAGUCGCCAUUUUCCCAAUUACACAGACGAGCUGCAUAUCUAAGAAAGAGUAUUUCUGUUGAUGGUCAUCUGGGCGUGUCUGAGUAUGACUCCGCCCAUUCAGAAAGCCGGGACUCACGCAGUGGAAACGAAAAGCUGAGGAGAAAAUUGAGUCUUGGUUCUGCUGACAGAAAGGAGGCGAGGCAAAGAAGGGUGGACUCUGGUAUUCUGCGGCUGACUCAGCGUCUCUCUGUAAAAGACAAGAAGCAGGAGAAGAGUUUCUACAGGAGGCGCUCUCUAAGCGUUGACUGGGCAGAGUCUAAGAUGACUCAGCGGGUUCAGGAGCAGUGUCCACCAGCACUGCGGAAAUAUUCGAGUUUGUCUUGUUCUUCCCCACCCAACGCCGCACGCCGUCUCUAUAGAAACCUUUCUGGAAAAUUUCGCAUGGCAAAUUCGGAAGAAACGGAUAACAAGGAGCAGCUCCGCAAAACCAAUGCAUAUAACCGGGCAUUGUUUGAAGCAGUGGAACAGCAGGAUCUGGAUCUAGUUGAAUCACUCCUGAAGAACUUCAGUGUAGAAGAACUGGACCUAAAUACUCCAAACAGUGAAGGGCUUCUUCCACUAGACGUUGCCAUCCUCACUAAUAACGUCCCUGUGGCUAAACUGUUACUGCAGAGUGGUGCUAAAGAGAGCCCACACUUUGUGAGUCCUGAGGCGAGAUCAGUUCAUCUUGUUGCCUUGGUGAAGGAGGCAGAGCUUCGUGUGUCUGAACUAGCUGCCAAGGUGAAAGGGGCAGAUUCAACAGAUGAAGGGUCUGAAACAGAAAUAGAGAGGCAACUGAAGGCAUGGGAGUGGAGACUCCGCCUCUACAAACGCAUGCAGACAGGAUACACACAUACUAGCCCUCCUGACCCACCCAGCUGUGUACGACUCUCUGUCAGCAGCUCUUCAAGUCUUAAAGUUAAUUUUCAGGAGCCUCUUUGCCUCAAUGCUGCUAUCAUCACCAAAUACCGUGUGGUAUGGAGUUCUUGUCCUAACUUUACUCUACUGCUUGGGGAGAUUGUGAUUGAGGACACAACCUUACUGCAAUGUGACAUCACAGGCCUCCAAGCUGGUGUACAUUAUUAUGUUCAGGUGUUUGCAUAUAACAUGAAGGGAUGGAGUGAACCUCAGAUAUCUGUACCUGCCUCUGCUACUCCAUCAGGAUGGAGGGACGUGGACGGUCGUGUGCCAAGGUUAAACAGUCUCAUUGAGACGCUGCUCCAGAUCCAGAAACAGAUUAAACAGUCGCACCAGCAGUGUGUGUGUCAUGAUCAGUGCAAGGGACCAUCAAAUAUCAGGAAACACUCUGUUUCUAAAAGUCUGAGACAUCUCUUCCAGUCCACCAGCAAAUUCAUUAAAAGUCUGAAAAGGGGUUUGUACAUAGCAUGUGUGUUUUAUAAAGACGACAACAUUGUGGUCACAGCAGAGGAGCAGCUGCCCAUUAUUGAAGUGGAUGAUUCUUACAGCUCCCUCACACAAGACUUUCUGUGGUUUACCAAGGUGACAUAUUUGUGGGAGGAGAUUCUGUGGUUGCAGCAGUGUGCAAGCUCCACCCACUUAUCCUGCUCCUGCACCCUGCAAACACGCCUUAAAAUUCUACAAGCUUUAAUACAGCUUCAGGCUCUGCUGGGCACUCAGGACCUGGGCCAGGUGUAUUUCGAGCCCCUGCGUGAUAAGCAUGGUAAUGCUUUGUUAGUGUUACUUCGUGAUUUGGGUGGAUGUUCAGAUCUAGACACACAACGUUGGAUUAAACUCUGCAAACUCCAGCUGCAGCGCAAAUCCACGGGUUGUGCAGAUGAACCUACAGCUCUGGACACACUCCUCAUUACCCUGCAUGAGAAGCUUGCCUAUCAUAAGCGCAGUAGGAAGAUGCUCUCUCCUGGACUCUAUCUGGGUUAUAUGAAGCUCUCCAGCUCCGUGGAACAGAUCAGAGUUUUGGUUCCUCAGAAAAUCCCCAAUGUGUUUUGCCAUGUCAAAAUACGAGACAACAGCCAUGUCUCGAGAGAGGAGUGGCAGUGGCUGCAAUCGGUACGUUCUCUGGAUGACACGCAGGAUGUGUAUGUUAAUGAGCAAAAUGCUGCACAUCGUCUCUUACUGGAGUUACGCAAUGCUGCCAAUGAUCUGCUUGGGCGCAUAAAUGUUCCAAACAACCAGGCUCAGGAAUUUCGUAUUUACAUUCAAGAUGUGCUUGAGUUUGGAGAGGGUGUGUCCUUCUUUUUGCUCCUCCCACCCUAUGAAGAAGUGUGUACGCCGCCUGGGCAAAAUAACUUCUCCCCUCGAUCUGGAUUUUUUACCUUACCUCUACAGAUUUUUGAACUGGUUCAUUUUGGAGCAUACUGUCCGAAUUUUAUUGGUCAGUACUGCUGUGCAUCAGCCAGCUUGGAUCUGGAGUCCCUCAUUUCCCAGCAGGCUUUGCGAGAGGCAUUUUCUGAGUCUGAGAUGCUUACUGCCAAGCAGAGACAUCAGAAAAUCCAGGAGCUCUUACAGCAGGCUGAUGAGGUUUGGCGUGAGGCGCGUUGGAUGGUGGAGGUCUUACAAUUCGCCCGUUAUAAACAACAACGAGCUGGUGUGAAUCUAGGCUUCAUCAUUGACUUUAGCAAAGAGAACAUUGUUGAAAAAACACCUUCUACAUCUUCCCAGCCUGACUAUCUCCCCUCACCUGCCCCCUCAUCUGCCCCCUCACCAGUCGAUUCACCUGCCCCUUCACCAGACAGUGGCCGCAAUUACCACGACCCUCUGUCCGAUGAUGAAGGUUCUUUGGAGGUAUUUCUUACUCCAGACAGUGAUUACAGCUCCAGCCCACGUGAACUUGACCUCCUACCACCAUCACACCCUCUCCCUUACACACAUACUCUUGAUCAGCCAGAUGUGCUGUGCUCAGGGGGUGGAGUCAUUGACAUAGACAGUGACUUUGUCCUGCCAAGUCGUCAGAUCGAGCUGCUACGCAUCACAGAGAAAAAAACAGCAUUGUGUGUGCGUACCAGCAGCCUUGAAACCCCACCCACUCCAUCAGUGACAACACCAAACCCCUCCCCUGCAAAAGAUUGGGCACGCCCAAGACCUGUACGUUCCCUUUCGGAGGACAGCGGGAGGAAGCAAAACUCCUCCCACUGCAGAAACCCAACCUACAGAUCCUGCUACUCAACAGUCAGGGUUUAUCCACAAUUCCACACGGGGCUUCCUAAGGAGACUAGUGUUAAGCUGAAAGUGACGAUACACACCACGGCAAGGGAGAUGGUGCAGCUGGUGGUUCAGGAGAUAAACGGACUGUGUGCACGUCUUCAGAGUUCAGCCCGGCAGUGUGUGUGCCCUGCGCAGGUCUGUGUGUGUGGAACAGAAGUGUGUGUGUAUGCAUCAGAGCAGCUGGACCACUUUGCACUGGUCCUCCUCACAGAAGGACUGGAGAAAUGGCUGCAAGAUGAUUUCUGUCCUCUCACACUCCAGAACCCGUGGACUCAUGGCAGGCUGUGUGUGCGCUUUAAACAGCGUUCUCCUCUUUCUCUACAGCAUGGCAGAGCCACUGCAGUGUAGCAUGCAAACACACAUGCACGUGCACACACACACACAUGCAUGCACGCACACACACACACAUGCACACACACACACAUGCACACACACAUGGAAAUACACAUGCACAUGCUCGCAUACACACACACACACACAUAGACACACACACAUGCACAUGCUCCCACACGCACACACAUGCACACACACAGACACACAUGCACACACACAUACACAUGCAUGCAUGCACACAAGCACGCACACACAUAUACACACACACAACAUUAACAUUAACAGAAUAAUUUAUAGACAAUAUGAGUUAUGAGAACAGUGGCCUCAGACUAGACAUAGCAGAGAGAACUGAUCAAAUCUUCCCUGAACUCAGAUAAAUUACUUCCAGAUGAACAGAACUGCACAUCACCUCCAUGCUGUCCAGAGACACUGUUUAACUGUAAUGUACCUGUGAUGUAAUUAAAACAUCUGUUUUCACACACAAACACACACAGAGUCUCAAUGAUUUAAAUAGUACAGUAACAGUAACAGUAACAGUGGAACAGUAGUGAACAGUUUCACCCAAAGACUCAAUGUUCUGAAGACGAGAAACACAAAUAUGUCAUCCAAUGAGAAUCAGUCAAUCACCUAAAGGUGCAUGAAAACACACUAUAACAACAUUCUCAUUUCUGUUCACAGAGCAUUUUAGAACCACACUGAGCAUUCUAGAUCUUCACUCUGUAAUCUGGGGAGAAUUUUAGAGCAUUUUGGAAUAAUAAUGAGGAUUCUAGAGCCACACGCAGCAUUUCGAGACAAUAGAAUUUUAGGUCCAUACUAAGUGACUUUUGGUGACUGGAAUUAAGUGACUGGAAUUCUGAAUUCUGGAGCUGUACAGAGAAAUCUGUGGAUAUCAGAAGCACAAUUUGUGGUCAUAGUUGUCAUAGAGUUUUUUGUUUUGCAUCAGAUUACAGAAAUGCACUAUUACAUCAUAUCUCCAGUUAGUAACUGCAGACUUCAGUGUGGAUUCACACCAUCUAAAAAUGAACUGAAUUGAAGUAUUUUUAUCAAAGUGAUUUGGUGACAAAUAACUCUUCCUCUCUGUCAUGUCGAUGAUAUUUACUCUUUUAAUUGUCUAAAUUCUCCAUAUGGGGUGAAUGAACUGAAAACUUGCAAAUUUACAUUUAGGUUACCCUUUACUAUGAAAGCUUAAGAAUUUUUUAUUUACACAUCCAACUGUUGUGUACUACAUGCUCAUGGCUAACCGAAUGAUAUCUUAUUUAAACUCUCUGAAUAUUAUAUAGUCAUUCUGUUUAAGAGGUUUUUCAGAAAUAACUAGAUUUAUUGCUCUAUACUGUUGAAAAUAUUUUUUCUUUACCACACUGAAAUUAUGAUCUUGAUCUGGCUUUGUGUGUGUGCGCGUGCAUGUGUGUGUGUGUGUGUGUGUGUGUGUGUGUGUGUGUGUGUGUGUGUGUGUGUGUUGAAUCUAGCAGCGUACAUUGAUUUUCAUUGGAUUGAUUCAGAAUCAUGACCACUGGUGUACAAUAAAGUUUUACACUGGAGAAAUAUAA